AAGUGCUGGGGACAGAAGCGCAAUGAUAGAAAUAAUCGCUGACUAAUCAGCUAAUAAAAAAAAGAAAUCAGAUUAGUCGACUACCAAAAUAAUCCUUAGUUGCAGCCCUAUUUGCAAUAUAGUGAACAACUAACGUCCUUUUAUUUGUGGUGCUCUGAGGACGUCUGACAAAACACCACCUCACUGCACUAUGGUACCAGAAACCAUAGAGUCAGACCUCACCGGGUUUUCUGUACCACUGGAGCACUCUUUUGAAGUGGAUGAUGUGCCGAGGUUCUGGGUUCGUGGAAACAUCCAGCUGAAGGCUGGCAGAGAGAACAAUGUCUUUCUCUCUCAGGCGAUGCUCUCGGAGAAGGACAGGAGUGUACUUAAGGAUGUGGCAGCAGUGGAUGGGCUGUAUAGGAUCAGAAUUCCCAGAGUUUCUCUGCAGGCUGACAGACAGACGGACAGACAGUUAGAGGGCUACCUCACCGCCUUUGUCAGAGCUUGCUCCCUUGUUGAAUCCCACCUCAGUGAUGUCAUCACUUUACACACGGACGUCAGUGGCUUCGUCAUAGGCGUGUCUAUAGUGACUAUGCCAGGUGCCUGUAGGGGAGCAGAGGUUGAGGAUGAGGUUGAUCUGGAAGUCUUUAACACAACCAUCAGUGUAAUGGCACCAAUCAAUGCACCAGCCCCAGAGACGGCACUGUUUAUUGAAAGGAUGGAACAAGAAAUGGACAAAAAGGGAAAACCCCAGGAGCAGAAAUCUUUCUUUGCCAAAUAUUGGAUGUACAUUGUGCCCCUCGUCCUUUUCCUCAUGAUGUCAGGAGCUCAGGAUCAGUCUGGAGGCGGAGCUGGUGGUGGCUCAGGCAAUGGCGGUGGACGAUGAUUUCUGUGGCAGCAGGGUCUGAUCGUUGGCAGUCAUGUAGUUGUACAUAAUAAUUUAAACAAUUGAAAUGAACAUUGUUAACUUAACGCAUGCACAUAUGUGCCAUUCAUGUGCAUUUAUGAACUGAUUAAGAACUGAUGUUGAAAGAUUAAUGUAGACUAGUGCUGCUGGUCUGUGUUUUUACUACUGAUUUAUUGAAUAAAAUCUGUUGUAAAUGAUA